AUGUCUGCCCCGCAGGAGCUCGUCCCGCAAACAGAAUCUAUCGCGGAGGUCUACGCGACCGACGAUGCCUCCGUGAAGUCGGUUGCCUCGAGCCACCAGCAGCGCUGGGCCAACCUAAUCUCCCAGUUCAACAAGCAGUACAACCACCGCCCCGACUUCGUAGCCCGCAGCCCCGGCCGCGUCAACAUCAUCGGCGAGCACAUCGACUACUCCCUCUACGAUGUCCUCCCAACCGCCGUCAGUGUCGACGUGAUCAUGGCCGUCAAGGUGGUCCCCGCCGGACCUGCCGGCACGACCGUAAAGAUCGCCAACGUUGCACCGGAGAAAUUCCCCCCACGCGAGUUCAGCGUGCCCAAUAACACCGAUAUCGAGAUCGAUCCCAAGAAGCACGAAUGGGUGAACUACUUUAAGGCCGGCUUGCUCGGCGCGUUGAAGUUCUUGCGCAAGGAGCAUGCGGGCUCGCUGGUUCCUGCUAGCAUGGAGAUCCUGGUGGACGGCAACGUUCCCCCCGGUGGUGGUAUUUCCAGCAGUGCUGCGUUCGUUUGUGCGAGUGCCCUGGCCGUUAUGAAGGCCAACAAUCACAAUGUGUCGAAGCAGGACUUGUUGGACCUUGCCGUUGUUUCUGAACGGGCUGUGGGUGUGUACUCUGGUGGCAUGGACCAGGCCGCCUCUAUCUUCUCGAAACGCGGCUUCCUGCUCUACACCCAAUUCUUCCCCAGGUUCCAGGCCGAACAUGUCCCCAUCCCCAAGGCCACCGACGAGAUCACUUUCCUCAUGGCCCAAAGUUUCGUCACCUCGAACAAGGCCGAGACCGCCCCGCGCCACUACAACCUGCGCGUGGCCGAGUGCACCUUGGCCGCUGUGAUCCUGGCCAAGGGUUUCGACUUGACCCUGCCCAAAGACAACAGCUCGCUGGGCUACAGCCUGCGAAACUUCCAGGAACAGCUGAUGACGAAGGAGGAGCGUCUGCACGAUCCGUUGGAGUACCAGAUCGACUCGGUCAUCCAGGCGGUCCAGGACCUGCUAACCAAGGACGAGGGUUACACGCGCGAGGAGAUGGCGGCCUUGCUGGACAUCAGCGUCGCCGAGCUGGAGUCGAAGUUCCUGUCUGCGUUCCCCGUGCAGGCGGAGCGGUUCCUGCUGCGCCAGCGUGCGCUGCACUGCUACAAGGAGGCGCGCCGGGUGUUGGACUUCAAGGCGUGCCUCGCAAAGGCGUCCCAGCUCGAUGAGAGGCGCAUCCACUACCUCGGCCAGCUGUUGAACGAGUCGCAGGAGUCGUGCCGCACCGCCUACGACUGCAGUGCUCCCGAGGUCGAUGAGAUCUGUGCCAUUGCCCGCCGCGCGGGUACCUGGGGUAGCCGGUUGACGGGCGCGGGCUGGGGUGGCUGCACUGUGCACAUGCUGCCCCAGGGCAAGGUCGAGGCUGUUACGACUGCUUUGAAGAACGAGUACUAUCUCAAGAAGUUCCCUGAUAUUAGUCCGGAGAAGCUGGAGCAGGCUAUGGUUAUUAGCAAGCCGUCCAAUGGCUCGUUUGUGGUUUUCGGUGCUGCUAUUGACCAGCUUGCUAUUUGA